ACUAUGUGCACCGCAAAGUCAGGUACGUUGUCCCAUCCCACAUCCCCUUGCGCCUUUAACUUCUAACCUUCUCCGUCUAGGGUUCUGAAGCAAAAAACGGAACGGAAGUGAGUCUCUCCCUGGCGAUGACAAUGGACCCGUUUGCUGUCUGUUCUGUUUGCUCGUCUGCUGUCCACGACUAACAUGUCCACCCGCUCCGCUGCAGAUAUCCGGUAGAAUACAAUAUGGCACGUGAUCGAAUCCCGCCGCCAUCAUGAACAGAUCACAGAUCGACGGCAACGGGAUGGCGGACGGGAACGCACCUUCCCGCGGAAGGUUCUUUUUCUUUGUUUUGCAGUUUGGAUUUGGGCCGGUGGGUAGGGUGUUUCUUGGCUCCGGCGCAUGGGCUUUCCGCUUGUUGUUUUUCGGAGUCGAUGUUUUGUCUGCUUCUGCUGCUGCUGCUUCUGCUGCUUCUGUUGCUACAUACCACGUUUUUCUGUGCUUGCGAUGAUAUUUACUUGGCUCUGCCUACUACUCUACUACUCUACUGGUUUGCCUGCUUGUUCAAUUCAUUCGUACGGUCGGGGUGGCUCCAUUGUUUUCUCCUUGCCUUGUUGCGGUGUGCUAGCGGCAUGUGUACUUGUACUUGUUUCCAUUCGCAGUCUUUUAAUCACAACCUCAGUCUUUCGGUGAAGACAUUGAUCCGCCCCUUCUGUUACCGCCUGAGCAGAAUCAAUUCCUGUACAUAGCACGUGCAAAUCAUCAUUCACAUGGUAUCAUUCAACUCACUCCUCAUUCAAUCUCAUUCGCACCAAGCACUCUCCACGCCCAUCCGGCGCUCCAACGCCGCCCACGGGUUCUGCGUAAAGCUCGGUUUGACCCACGGAUACUCCACCCAGCUGUCGCCACGGCCCCUGCCGCUAUCACCGCCGUCCCUGCCACCACCGCCUCUCCCACCCCUAUUCUCACCCCUUCCCCUUCCCCUCCCACCAGCACCGCGGUCCGUACGCCCACCCCUCUCCCCGCCCUCCUGCGCCCCGCCAUCCACCCCCUCACCCACCACCGCUGCCCCCGUAGCGGAAGUUGCGCCUCUCACCCCAACGAGAACGGUAUUACUCCCGCUGCCACCACCUCUCCCACUUGCACCCCCUCUCCCCCCCGCACCACCUCUCUCACCCCCU